AUGGAUCCAGAGCGCAGAAAGAAGCUAGACGAGCGGAACGAGCGCAGACGUUUCCGAAUAGCUCAUGACCCAGAAUACCAAGCCAAGCAAGACGAAGACAAAAAGCAGAGACGUCUUCGAUAUGCCAGCGAUCCUCAGCAUCGUAAAAAACAACCUGAAUCCGGACAUAUCUGGAAUACACGAAAAUCCCAAGACCCUGAAUACGUUGAAGCGCGCAAUGCUAGUAAGAGGUCAAGAUACGAAUCAGACAUCGAAUUUCGUAGGGCAAGACAGCGCAGUGUUGAGAAGUCACGCGUGCGGUUGCAGGCUGAGAAUCCCCGAUAUCGUCUGAGAAAGAGCCUUCACCAAUGGUGUUUGAAACACGAUUGGGUUCGAGAGACGCUACCCUGGAAAACCCAUCAACCUGUCCUGUUUGCAAGCAAGGUCCACAAAGAGUGCAAGGGCUGCACUCGUGUCAAGGUUCGAGAGGGUGUUAAGCUCUGGUGGCGCAAAAUCGGUGACCGUGAUGAGUCUUGGUUAUGCCAUGCCUGUCACAUGCCAAUGGACAACCACACAGCAGCCAUGCCCUAUGGAUAUGAGGACGUCACCACCCUGGAGGGAACAAUCAACCGUAAGCAGGAGCUCGAACGUACAGCUAAAGGGUGA